UUUUGGAUUAAAAUAUACUUAAAUUAUACUGUCAAAAUUUAACAACGGGGAAAGUGUGUUAGUAUUUUUCUUAAAUUUUUUUUUUCUGUAGAUAAAAAAAUCAUCUAAUCUCUGUUUUUGAAGAAAUUGUAAAUUUAUUAUUAAAACAAUGGAGCGUUUUCAACCCAAAAAGCCACCUGUGUUCUUUUCCAUGCCGUCCGUCUCUCUUCUGUCUAUUUUUCACUAAAAUUUCUCACUUAAAAAAAAAAAAAAGCCUUGUUUCGAUCUAUAAAUAAACCAUGUUCAUUUCCAAAUCCAAUCUUCAACCACUUUUAACCACCAACUUCCCCCACUCGCAGCACCAGUUUUUUCUUUCUCUUUCAACUGUCAUCACCCCGCACCUCAACUCAGAAUCAUCCGUACCCCAUAAAAGCACAUUCUCUUUGAUCCCAACUUUCUCUUUUUCUCUUUCUUCUGAGUAUUUGUUUCAUUUUUUUCAUUCAUGAAUGAAGACACUAAAACCGAACUCAACCAAAACCAACAACAAGGGAGUCAACAGAUAUGCAGAACCAUAGAAGUGGUUGCCACCGUUGACCACGUCGAUAUGUCGCCGCCGAUUAUGUCUCCAGUGGUGGUCGCUUACAACACGGGUGAUGACCUUAGCUUGAUUCCACCAUUGAACUUUGCUAUGGUUGACAAUGGCAUCUUCAGGUCGGGUUUCCCUUAUUCUGCCAACUUCUCUUUUCUCCAAACGCUUAACCUCCGCUCCAUCAUAUAUUUGUGUCCUGAGCCGUACCCAGAAGCCAACACUGAGUUUUUAAAGUCCAAUGGAAUCAGGCUUUUUCAGUUUGGAAUUGAAGGUAACAAGGAACCAUUUGUAAAUAUACCAGAGGAUACAAUUCGUGAAGCUCUAAAAGUGGUCCUUGACGUAAGGAAUCACCCAGUUCUAAUUCACUGUAAACGAGGGAAGCACCGAACUGGCUGUCUGGUUGGAUGCCUAAGAAAAUUGCAAAGAUGGUGUUUGUCUUCAGUCUUUGAUGAGUAUCAAAGGUUUGCAGCUGCAAAAGCUAGAGUUGCGGAUCAGAGGUUUAUGGAGUUGUUUGAUGUUUCUAGCUUAAAGCAUCUGCCAAUGUCAUUUUCUUGCUCCAAGAAGUAAACAACUGCAUGUAUUGAAAGGCUUUUGCUUUCUUUCAUUUGCAGAGGAGAAUGCUAGGUCCGGAAUAAAUAGGAAAAGGCGAUGAGUUCCUGAAUUGCAUUUUGGCGGUAAAGGGAUUAUUCUUCUUUUUUCCUUUUCGAAAACAAUAAAAGGCUAACAUAGUAGCGAUAUCCUGUUGUGAUGUUCGGUGUUCAGAUCUCCCUCCCCAUCGUUUCUUCAUGUUUUUGUUUCGUUCUCUUAUUGUUUUACUCAGAAGCUUCUCUGCUUGCCAUAGUUGAUGCCUCGAGUAGUUAUAUCCAUGUUUCUUCUGAAAAUUAUUGUCAGCUUUGUCUACUGUUUUUAUACAAUUUUUGACUGUGAACAAGAAUCAAGAUUACAGCUAUUCUACCUGCCAAGCUGUUAUUAUAGGCAACGCAGCUAGAAAGGCAAUGUAUACACUUGAUUCCAGUUGGCUAGUCAAAUUAUCAAUCAUAUAGAAUUUAAGUCAGUCUUUUGGAAACAUUUUCCUUUGUGGCGUUACCUCAUUGUUUUAUAUCUCAGUAAUUACAUUUUAACAUUCUGCAAAUAGAUAUUGGAAUGACCUUAAAAAGACAUAUUCAAAUCAUGCUAAGAUGAAGGUGAUAAGCAUGGUGAGGCAAAGUGAAAUUAUUGAAUUUUUAUAUAUUUAGGACAGGAGGUAAAAUUAAAAAGACAGUUAAAUGUGUGAAGCAAUGUUUUCUUGUAGAUUCGUUUUAUUGUUAUAAGAAGGAUGAAAGGAGCAUAAUUGCGUCUUGAACUUGAAACUAAGGCAUAAAUCCAAAGAAAUAAAGAACCAGUCUUCGCGAAUGUAAUCCAAAGAUACACUUGAGCUCCAGCCAGUGUCACCAUCCGUGAUCUCCCUUCCCCAUCCAUUUUCUCCCUGAAAGUAGCGUCACCUCUCAAAUAUAUUUCUUGGCUUUGUUUUUUAUUUCUAACUUUUCUUAAGGUUAGUGGAAUCCAUAUAGUAUUAAGCCAUGCUCAAGGCAUGAUUCAUUGAUUUGCAGGUUCCAGUUCCACAAUUCAGAGUAUUUCUUAAAAGAGCACUUGGCCUCGUGGCCUUGUCCGCCAGAUGGCUGGUUGUCAAGACGACCGAUCCGAAGACCUUCCACACGUUUGAUUCUACCAGGGGAAUAGGAAGGAUCUUUUGGGAUGAUUGAAAAUUUGUCCAUUGAAUUAUUGCAUCAAUUCUAAUAAAUAUUUUGAGCGGCCUACGCUGUCUGCUGAGCGGUGAGAACUCUUAUUUCCUGAUCAUG